AGCUGCGCGAGGUAUAGAGUUUUGGGGAGUGCAUAUAAUCAACAUAUUAUCGAAGGUGCUUAGAUAUUGAUCCUGUAUUUCGAGGUAGUUCAAAUUCACCUCUCUUGGACCUUCGGGUUUGACCUUAAUUUUUUUUCCCGACAGCUUGGGGGAGAAUAUUUCACUCGCAAAAUGCCGAAGAGAAAGUCUCCAGAGGGUCCCGAGGGCAAGGAGGCCUCCAAAGUCACAAAACAAGAGCCCACCAGAAGGUCAGAGAGAUUGUUAGCGAAGCCUGCUCCACCCAAGCCUGAGGCCAAGCCUAAGAAGGCCAUCGUCAAGAAGGUGGCAGACGAAAAGGGCGCUAAGGCAAAGAAAGGCGGAGCUAAGGGAAAGAAGGACGAUGGCCCCGCCCAGAACGGAGAGACAAAGACCAAUGAGAUCUAUGUGUCUCGUCCGUCUGUCAGUGUGUCCUCCAUCAGAAGCACAGCUCCCUCCUUGAUGUCAGUGAGAGGACAGAGCGAGACAGUCAGAGUUAAGGGUACGACCGGGUGCCUCUAAUCCAUCUGUAGUGUGUGUGUGUGUGUGUGUGUGUGUGUGUGUGUUUGGACACUAACUCAUUCCUUUUAUAGCCGUUGUCGUUAAGAACAUCACUCUGUGUGGUUUGCAGUGUUGUGUGCCUCGAUAGAGAGAAAAGAGAGAGAAACAAAGUCUUGCAGGAGAGUGAAGAAGUGAGGAUGUGUGGCGUUUUCCUGGCUGUGUGCAGUGAAGUGGGCCAAGGACAAGUUUUUACACAUCAGCAGGAAGCAUCGGUGCUUCUCAGAGCGCUGAAAGGCGAUUGGUUCAGCACGUUCACUGGCAGCCGGCUCCUCCAGUGGACAGACAGGGGAAACAGGCAGGAGAUGCCGAGUGAGAUCACACCAGCUGGAUUUGAUCCACUGGUUGAGCUGGUGUUGAUUCCUGCACAUCCAGGAACGUCAGUUUACGUUUGUAGCUUUUAAUGGUAGUAGGAGUAUCUGAAGUCAGUAUUUAUUUCCUUAAAGAAUGCAAAUAAGCCGCAAUGCAACACUUUAGACUGAAAAAUAUUCACUUAGAGGCUUUUACACGCAGCUAAAGGGUGUUCUAUGAAUAACGGCUUUGUAGAGUGAGCACAGAUCAGUCAUAUUACAUCUCUUGAUCCUCGUGAACAACAUCUAGCAUUUGUAGAUUUUUCCAAGUAAUGUGUAAUAAUCACUUUGUUGCAUCUAUACAGAUCGUUAUUUUGGAUGGGGAAUCACCAAGCAGCACAUGUACCAAAAUAAUCCCCACAUUGUGUCGUGAUACACUGUGAUAUUUAAUACAUUCAGAGCCCAUUAUCUGUGGAACGGUAGAAGAUCGAAUAAAACGGCAAAAAGCAGGAAUUAUGUAUUAAUUCACUGCCUUGUGUUGUCAGUUUCACUAAAAUUUGACAAGUGAGAUGAGAUUAUUUA